AUGUCUUUGGACUUGCAGUCAGAAAUGACAAUAGCAGACCUGCUGGGAGAACGCGUUGACAUGAAGCUCUUAGGCAAGUUGACUCUGUCCGUGGCCGCCGUCGUAUUCAUCUCCUGGGUUUUCCGAUUCUACAGCUCAAGGGCUCAAGCUCGAAAACGGGCCAACAACGGCAUUUCUUUGCUCAGCCCUGCUAACAAGGAAUCUAAUGGAGGAAGCUGGUCCAGGCAGUCUACGUUGGAUUCUGAGCCUGAAAGUCUGGAUGAAAGUAAUACCACACCUGACGGGGAUAAAUCUGAGGACCUUUUGAGCGCCACUGUGGUUAAUUAUGCAGAAAAGAAAGAGAAUUUGUGUGAACCGGUGGAUAUAGCUGAAACUAAGGACUUUCUGACAACUAUGGAGGAUAACUCAGCAGUAGUCGAAUGCACUACUGCAUAUGUUUGUGGUGAUGUUGUAAAAGAUUACAGAUCUACUAUGGAGGACUUUAUGGUCAGCGCAGUGACAAAUCCUGCUGAUGAGGUUCGUACCGUGGACAAUUUUUGUGGCAAAUCUAUGGACAAAGCCAACGUGAAUGUAAAUGAUUGCAAAACAGGACUGACUCUGUUGAUACCUACUUCUAGUGACAAUGGUACAGCAAGUCCAACCGGGCGUCGCUCACCGUGCCAGCUGAAAAUGCUCGAUAGCGGGGUUGAAAUCGGCCGAGAGCUAAGACAAGACUUGGACCAUCUAGGAAGCUUCUCCAGCUUCCAGUCAAAAGCAGAAAUCAAAGUGGAGGAUGCUGACUUGGUCAUAGAAGGGCCAGGUAAUCGAAGUACUGGAGUUCGUGGAAGGAUUUAUGAUUAUUACGUCGAGACGACCUCACGUUCGGUCUUGGACAUAAGCCCUACUCUUUCGAGUCCUCGUCCAGUUUUUGGAACAUAUGAUUACAGUCCUUCAACGCCGGAUCCACCCCGAACGCCAAGCCCCCGGCCUUCCUGUUUGAUUAUAAGAGAUCUGGACUCAACGCUGGAGUCAGACAGGUCGCCUCGGUCUCCUGUCAAGUCGGUCGGAUUCAGACCCUGCCUUAUUCGCAAGGACAGCUAUCUUGCUGCCGCUGAAGACUCUGAACUACAACUGCCUUCGUCUUCUCCUGCGACUUCACCUCGGAGUCGCUCGCCUGCGUUUCCAAAUGAGGUGCCACCGAGCUAUGAGUCAUAUAAGCAAAUACAAGAGCCACAGGUAGAAACGGUUGCUAGGGCCAAGUUUCUACACUUCCCUGUGGACAGCAUAGUGAGUUCAGAACUGGAGAGUAUAACCAGCAAGCUUGAUUUGGGCAACUGCCUGGAGGCGUUGAUGCUGGCCAAGAAACAUGAACACGGUUCCCUUGAGCAGGCUGCUCUCAAAGUUAUGUCUGACAAUUACCUUCAGGUCCUUCGAGACCCGGGUCUGUAUGGCCGACUGAAAGCGGGUGAGCGAGAGCAAAUCCAGAGACUUCGCAGAAAGGGGCGAAGAUGCCUAAUGGUGGCAGAUAUGGAGUCAUCGGAGUGGAGCAGAUGUCAGACACAGUCUUCAGCUCUAAGACCAUCAAAUGGACUCUACUACUAUGAUGAUUAUAAAGAUUCAUGGCACCUACAGAGUCAAAUUCCUCCAGAGGUAUUUUCUAACGGCUGUGCCAUAUGCACCAUGGACAACUACCUGUUCGUUGCUGUAGGCUUCCAACGCACAGUGCCUUCGAAAAAGGUUUUUUGCUACAAUCCUAUGACUUCCAUCUGGAGUGAAAUCUGCCCGAUGAACGACGCCAGGCCUCACUGUAAGCUUGUAGCCCUGCAGGAUCAUGUCUACGCCAUUGGAGGGGAGUGUCUUUCAACAGUGGAGCGCUAUGACCCCAGGACUAAUAGAUGGACCUAUGUGGCCCCGCUUCCAAACGACACAUUUGCUGUUGCGCAUCGGGCCACAGCUUGUAACGGGGAGCUGUUUGUGUCAGGCGGUACGCUCAAAUACACACUCCUGCGUUACAACCCCAAGACUGAUCAAUGGAGAAGAAACUUGUUAUUGGGAACACGAGAAAGAACCGCAGAAAUGGUUUCAGAAAGGAGCUUUCUUUACAGGUUUGAUGUGAGUCCCUUAGGAAUAAGUGUGUAUCGUUACCAUGUCGUGGCCAAGCUCUGGUACCAAUGUUGUUCCAAGCAAAUGCCCAACUGCCCCGCUUUUAAGUGUGUUGCCACAGACGGCAUGAUCUACUGCGUAAGUCGGCAGUUCACCAUGAGAUUCUUAGCUGACGACGUAUCUCCUGGCUUUGUCGCAGAGGACUUAGAAGUUCUCUCUGCCGCUAAGGGCAUUUUGUUUCCUUUUGUCCUUGCUCUGCCUGAUAAAAGCAGCCCGCAAACCAGCGUCUGA